AUGAGUUUCCUAUUGCCUCUCGUAUCCAUAGUGGGAUUUCUUUCCUCCAUAGUUGCAUUUGGCAUAAGCGUUGAGUACAAAGAAAGUCAUAUGAGUUUAGUUUGAAAGUUUAAUUGGGAUCAAUGUCUUUAGACAUUAGUAGAAUAGCAUUUUUCAGAACCAGAGACAUCUAUGCCUCCUAGAUUCCAUAUUUGGAAGUAAAUAUCUGGCCUACAUUUCUUAGUCAGUUGCCUUUUGCAUAUUUCUAUUCGUCGCCGUGGUCAGAACAGUGGAGUAUUUCAAGAUGUAAUUUGCAACUCAGAUUUAAUAGUGACUUUUAGAUGGUAGCCAGUAUGAAUGAUGGCGAACCUGAAACUUAUUAUCUAACCAGAGCCAAAUUGAAGCAAUCAUUAGAAUGGAGCAACAUUGCAGUGACCUAAGCUUUCAUCAUCUUAACCCUAGUAUGAACAUCUAUCAAUUAGGCAUUAGCUUUAUUGAUUGGAAUAGUGUUCUGCGCCAAUGGUCACUUUUAUGCAUAAGAAUUGAUAAAGAAAUUCAUCAAUAUAAACAAGUUAUCAGAUUCAGACAAGUAUGUGAGAUUAUUCAUUAUUGUAGAGAAACUCUAUCAGAACUUGAUACUCAAUCAAUCAAAUUCAUCGUCAUCAUUGCACUUAAUGCAUUAGCCUUGGCCUGUGUAUUCUUUCAAUUUUUGAUAAUUAUAAUUAAAAAGUUGAGAUUAUGA